UGGAAAUCUAUAAAAAAAAGUCUCCCUUUGUGGUAAUCUAUUUUCAGAGGACCAGUUUUGAGAAAGUCUGGGGACGAAUUCCCGACUUGGGCCGCUCGAGGCAGGGGUUUCCAAGCUUGGACGAUGCGGGUGCUCACGGGGGUGGUGGUGUUUUUGAGUUUGCUGCAGCAAUUCCAUUCGCUUGAGCCUGGUGACUGUAAUGCCUCAGAGAAGGUAGCCGAGGAGGCCGUGGAUCUGAUCAAUAAAGACCGUAGGAGGGGUUUUCUUUUCGAGCUCCUAUGAGUUGCUGAUGCCCACGUCCACCAAACAGAAUAUGCCUUAGUCUCUUAUUUAGUCCUGGAUGUGAUUGAAUCCGACUGCUCCGUACUAUCCAGGGUCCACUGGAAGGAUUGUAAACCACCAUCUUCUCGACGUCGGCCUUCUGAAUUAGUCAUUGGACAAUGUAAAGUUAUAGCUACAACUUACCCGAACACAUCCCGGGAGGUGGACAAACUGAAAGGCUACAACUGCACGACAAGUUCUGUUUCUUCUGCUCUAACUGACCCCAGACCGAUACAUCCAGUGAUCAUCGACUACUUUGAGAAUACGGAGGAAUACGGAGGACUAGCUGAAAAGGCCCUGGAUAAAUACAACAGUGAGAGUGGUUAUUCCGCCUUGUUCAAGGUGGACAGAGUAGAGAGAGCAGUGAGGGGGCGAGGAGGAGAACGGACAGUCUACUUUGUGGACUUCAGUAUAACCAACUGCUCCAAGAGAGUCGCCAGGUACCCCUCACCCAGGCGCUGCGAUUUCGUUGGAUUCUGCAACGGAGAUCUGGCAUACAGCGUAGGAGUCACCAACCUGGAGAACCCGGAGAACAUUGAAGUCAACUGUGAAAUCUUCAACAAUACCAAGUACUUCACAAAUUUUGGAAGCGGAAAAGACCAUCAUCACCCCCACAAGAAAAGCCACCGUUUCAGUAAUUGUACGGUCUCAGCUCCACCAGGUGUGAAGCCUAACCGAAGGAAUUUUACGGCCCCUCACGGUCAUCAACACCACCACGAUCACCAUCACCGACCCCGUCCCCAUCCCCCAAACUGCCCCUUCCGUUUAGCAGACCCACUCGCUCCUCAAGAAGGACAAGAUAGAAAACGGCAAAAAGGGGAUGAUUUAUCCUCCCCUCAAGAUGUUCCUUCUCCUUGGAGAAGUCACAGAAAUGGACACGUUUCGAAGUCACGAGGCGAGCACCGCACGAGACAUCCCCCCUACUCUGGCAAACACAAGCACGGGGAUUCCCACUCAUCGGAAGAAGAUCAUUCAUUUAGACGACACUUUUUUCCGCACUGGCCACAGCUCGGCUCCGUCCACCGUCUUCCGCCGUUGAAGAAGGAUGAGGUCCUUCCCGUUCCCGAAGUCAACUUUCCCAGGCCGCACCGCUAUCCAUCCCCGGAACGUGACGGCCCUCGAAGGCCAGAAAUUCCGCCCUUCCCACAGUCACCUUCAGUGUCUUGUCCGGGGAAACUCAAGUAUGAGAGCUCAGUUUCACGCUUUCUGCCGUAAAGAACUCUAAAGCGAAGGCUGGUCGCUGAUGGAAACAAUCACCUUUCCAUGGUGGAAAUCACAGAUACAAUAUUCUAGUAAUCGCGUGUAAAAUUUCAGUGUCUUUGCUUCUGAUAGUGGGAAUAAGGAAAGGAAAGAGGGAAGUGGAAGCAGUGAGGGCUGGAAAGAGAAACAGAAAAUGCACUUGCUUGCUUAAGCACAUUCAAGAAAGUGUUAUAUUGACUCUGUUACCAAUUGGCUGUAAAGCCUUAAACAAGUCUCUUGACUCUUUCUGCCUCAGUUUCUCCAUCUGUAGAUGCUCAAUAAAUAGUUUGGAUUGACUGACUGAGAA